UGUUUUUGUUGGAGAACUGAGAUGAGGAAGGUGUAAGGUUUCCUCCCGGAAUGUGUUUGUGUGUGUGGCUACAACUGGAGACAGCUCUUGGCAAGUAAAGGAAUGAAGUUUGAUGCUAAUCUCGCAUCGUUUCUACAAGAUUGGUUUGACCCUCUGCCACUUUGUGCGGGACUUCUGUGAUGGUUGCUGGUGAUGGAUGAUAGUCGGACAGAGAGCCUGUUUCCUGGAUGUGCCCCUAACUUCCAUGUCACAUUCACAGAUAUCCUCUUAGGACGGGAGUCUCAUUCUAUGGCGAUGGCUACAUCCACCUGCGGACAGUGGAGGCAUCUGUCCAGACCGUGCUUCAUGUCCGAUUUCGAACCUCCAGUCAGGCUGGGCUGCUGUUUUUGGCAGCAGGGCCGAGAGACUUCUUGCUGCUGGAGCUGAUCUCUGGGCGUGUGCAGGUGCGUCUAGACCUGGGCUCAGGUGAACGUUCACUACGCUCAGAGAAGGGCAUCCACCUUAGUGACCUGGGAUGGCACUCUAUGGAGCUGACCCACAACCGCCAUAAUGUCACCAUGACUGUGGACCGAAAUUCCCACACCAGCCUCCGUAUGCCAGGACCAGAUCUCGAACUCAGAGUGGAGGACGGUCUCUUUGUUGGUGGAGCAGCUGGUCUGAACCGCCCGUACCUUCUCAACAUUACCGGUUUUAGAGGUUGUGUGGAUGAAGUUGUGUUUAAUGAACAUAACCUGCUGUCCAGCCUAAGGCCGUAUUCUGGGUACAAGAGCGUCCACGAGGUAUCUAUGGGCUGCAGUCCGCAGUUUUCUGCGACAGAAGAAGAUCCUGUCAGUUUUUUCAGCUCCAAAGCCUUCAUCUCACUCCCACCAUGGGAGGUGCCACAGGAGGGAGUUUUUGAAUGUGAACUUCACCCCUCUGCAAAAGACAAAGAUGGUGUGGUUCUGUAUAGCUCUGGAAACCAGGGAGAGUUUGUUGCCAUAGAGAUCAUAGAUGGUCAUCUGGUAGCAACAAUAGGAAAUGGAGAGGGAAUUAAAACUGAGCUCCGUUCUCUGACACAAGUCUACAGUAACUACACCUGGUACCCCAUCCAGCUGCACCUGCUACCCUACAGCAUCCAGUUGAAGGUAGACAAGGAGUUAAUCAAGGCAGACCUGAGUAAGGAGCUCCAAGUCAUCCAGCUAAAAGGGCCUCUCCUCCUGGGAGGGCUGGACGAAGAAGCUCGGGAAGAGGCACGGCUGGCUGGGUUGCUCUCUGCCUUGUCAGGAGGAGGAGGAGGCUCCUUUAAAGGCUGCCUCCGAGAAAUUAGGGUGAACAGUCAAAGAAUGGGCCUCCCUCAUGCUGUCAUCACCAAAGACAUCACUGUGGGCUGUAGGACAGGGCAAGCCCUUGUGAUGGUGGCCACAACCAGACCAACAGGCAGUCCUGAGUUUGAUGUUACAAUCUCUCCUCAACCAAUUAUCAAAAAUAAGAAGAACCCUAACUUUUUGUUUCUGAGAAAGCUAGAGGUAGCAGAAGGAGGCCGGGCGCCACUGGAGCCCAAACACAUGAAGGUGAAUCUGGAUUUUCGUAAGCUGGGCAUCCAUCCUGCCCAGUUAAUGUUCCGCAUUGAGGAGCAGCCUGUUCAUGGCCAGCUCCGGCUGGACCUCAGUCCAGACCCUGAUGGGUUGCUGGACAUGGGGCAAGAGAGGAUCAUCACAAUAGGAAGCGACGAGAAGGAUCGGACUUUCAGCAUGCUCGACCUGUGGCAGGGCCGGGUGAUGUACGUUCACAGUGGGUCAGAGGACCAGAAUGACUUCUUCAUGUUUUCAGUCUUCUCCAGCAAUAAGAAGGAGCUUCCUGUGUUUCUGAAGGGCAACCGUCUGCACCGGUUCGAUAUCAGCAUCAGUCCUGUUAAUGAUGCGCCUGUGCUCAGCCUCCCAGAGGGAAACCUUUUUACUUUGCUGGAGAAAUCCAAACGACAGCUGACUACAGAUGUGCUGAGAGUGUCAGACCCUGACAGCAAUCCUGCAGAGCUGGUGUUCAGCUCCCUUGCAAACCUCAACACUGAGGCUGGACACCUUGAGCACCAGGAUUACCCCAGCAGGGCCAUUAACUUGUUCUCCCUACAAGAUCUGGAGGAAGGUAAGAUCUACUUUGUCCACACUGGGGUCUCCACAUCCAGGCUGCCACUCAGGGUCAGCGAUGGGCAGAAGUUAAGCAACACAGUAGUUUUGCGGAUCAUGGCAGUGGCACUCGAACACAAACUGAUGAAUAACACAGGAUUAGAGGUGGACCAAGGCGAGGCUUCCAUCAUCACCACCAGUCAUCUUGCAGUACAAGUAAAUGUGGCUGAUCAAGCGGCAGAAAUCCGAUAUGAUGUGACAGAGUUGCCACAGUAUGGUGACCUCCAGCGGUUGCACUCAAGUGGAGACUGGAAACUGACAACCUCGUUCUCUCAGAAACUUCUAGAAAAAGAACGGAUCCGAUACCUCAGCACGUACCGUGGCCUUCAGGCUCAGAGCAACAUCACCGAUCAGUUCAAAUGUAAAAUCAGUAUCAGUUCCCUAGUUACUGAAGAGGUUAUUUUCCCCAUUGUGGUACGCUGGAUCCACUUCAAAGUCACACGAAGCAAGAUGGAGGUCAAUGGUGUUCAGUCAGCUGUUGUCACUCCUGAGGACCUCCACGUAGUUUCAAAGGGUGUCAAACUAAAUGAGAGCAAUCUCCACUUCAGGCUCCUUACAGUACCAAAGAAAGGUCGGCUAUUCCUCGACAGCAAAGUCAUACAAAAGAACUCAAACUUCAGCCAGAAGAAUAUCACAGAUGGUCUGCUGAAGUACGAGCUGCUCAGCAGGCUACAGGAUGACACAAGAGACACGUUCAGCUUUCAGGUCUUUUCAUCACACGCCAACUCAACAAGUUACGAUUUCAGAAUCAACAUCAAAUCCGAGUCAACAGCCAUCACUGUUGUUAACAAAGGCCUUUCAGUACUGGAAGGAGGGAGUAAAGUCAUUACCAAAGACAUCCUGUUCACUCACACGGCUAGUAACCGGGAGGUCCAGUAUAGUAUCAUGGUGAGCCCCAAGUAUGGCCAGAUAAGAAAGGUCAAUCUCUCCAACUCAACGUCCAUUAACGACAACAUUGCGAUCUUUACAAAUCAGGAUAUCACGGAGGAGAGGAUCAUGUACGUUCACGAUGACAGUGAGACAAAGCAGGACUCUUUUACAUUUCAAAUCAUGGUUUAUAAACCGCAUAAACACACUGGCAAGAAGGAGGAUAGAAACACGGCCGAACACACCUUUAAUAUUUCUGUGCAGCUUGUCAAUGAUCAGAGACCUGUCAGGGUCAUUGAUAAAGUUUUCCACGUAGCUCGCGAUGGCCAGAGGUUGGUGACGCUGAAUGACCUUCGCUUCCGGGACGAUGAUUCUGAUUUCGAAGACAGCUGGUUGGUGUACACAAGGAGGGGGAUCCCCAUGGGAGAGCUGGUGCUGGCCAGCAAUCCCAGUCACAGGCUGUAUGAGUUCACACAACGGGACCUCAAGCAGAAAAAGGUGUUGUUUCUCCACAGAGGAGUGAGUUUUGGACGCUUUGUGCUUUUUGUAUCAGAUGGGAAACAUUAUGUUUCCACACUACUGGAGGUGAUGGCCCAGGAUCCUUAUCUGCAGGUGGAGAACAACACAGGCAUCAUGGUCCAGCGAGGUGGGUUCACAACCCUGACCUCCGCUAACCUCAGCAUCUUCAGUAACCUUGACAUCCGAGACCCACAGGAAGUGACAUUCGAGGUCUUCCUGCCACCUAAGCAUGGUGUCCUCUGCUUCGAUGACGGGGAUCAUGACACGGUGAAAGAAGCAGAUGCAAUUUCAAUAUUCACCCAGCGGGAUCUGGUGGCAGGACGCCUGGCAUAUCAUCACGAUGGCAGCCAUGAAUUGUCAGAUGGGUUCAAUGUGACAGCCAGAGCGAGGGAGGAGAGCACAGAGAGGCGACCGGACAGAGGGAGGAGGGAAGUGCAUCUGGACAUCGGAGUGCUGGUGAAAAUCUAUUUGGAGAGUCAUCAGAGGCCGCCAACAGUCAUAAGUAAUCGUCCAGUGGUGGUGGCGGAGGGACAGAAUGCCUCUAUAAGUAGGGAACAUUUAGAGGUGGUCCAUGAAGACAGCCAGCCAUCAGAGAUAAUUUUUACUGUUCAAAAUCCUCCCACUCUGGGCUUUCUUCAGAGGAUCUCCCCCAUCAGUGACGAUGGAGAACCGCAGUACCUGUAUCAGGGCAUCAGAGAGCAGACAGCCUCCUUCACCCAGGACAACCUGAACCAGGGAUUGAUCGUCUACCAUCAGCGGGCCGCAGGAAGCACCAACGACUCUGUUCUAUUGGAGGCAACCAAUGGGGUCACAAAGGUCGGACCUAUCAGGCUGGAGAUCGAUAUCAUUCCUAUCCUGCUGCCACUACAGGUGUCUGACUUGACCCUUGAUGAAGGGUCGUCCCUGCCGCUGACCCCUGACAUCAUCAAGGUCGCCAAUCAUCACUUCUCGGGCAUGAACUUCCUGUAUCAAGUCAUCAUUCCACCGCGAAACGGACACUUGGAGCACAGCCGGAUACCAGGGAUGCCCAUCACUGCUUUCACACACACAGAGGUGGAACGUGAGUAUAUCUCAUAUAUCCACGAUGGCAGCGACACACAGAGAGACAACUUCACCAUCGUGGCCAAUCAGACAGAAAUCAGGAAGCACAGUUUACCCUGCACCGUUCACAUCCGUAUCACACCGGUCAAUGAUGAGACUCCUGUCGUCACAGCCAACCGGGGUCUGAAGGUGUGGGUGGGUUCGGUGACAGAAAUCACAACAAAUGAUCUUAGUGCAGAGGACUCUGACACUCCGUCCAGGGGCUUGAGUUUCGUCGUCACACCACCCAGCAAUGGCCACCUGGCUCUGAAGAGUGCCCCCUCCAGACACAUCCUGAACUUCACCCAGAGUCACAUACAAAGUGGACAGCUGGUGUUUGUGCACAGUGGUGCGUUGUCAGGUGGUUUUCACUUCCAGGUGAACGAUGGCGUUAACUUUGCCCCCCGUCAGAUCUUCAGCACGACUGCCCACUCUCUGGUCCUCACUCUGCAGAGAAACCAUCCAAUGGAGGUCUACCCAGGCUCUGUGACACCAAUCACUGUGCAGGAGCUUCAAGUGGUAACCAAUGACGUCAGCAAUAUCAGAAGAAAACACUCUGUGCUCUUUGCACUGACUGCUCCUCCUAAACUCGGCCGCCUGGUCCGCCGUAUGCCGGACAACUCUACACGUGAAAUCUCCACAUUCACACAAAGCAUGGUGAAUGAUGGAGUUAUCUUGUAUGAUCAGAACAAGCCAGAGUCAGUGGGGUGGUCGGCUGCAGACUCUUUCUCCUUCACUGUGUCCUCUCCUCCUGCUUUCCUUCCUCCACACACCUUCACCAUCUUAAUCUCCUACCAGGCCAACGAACAUCAUGACAACACUCAACACAAGACCAGACUACUGAACAACGCAGGUGCUGUGGUGGCAGAGGGAGGCAGGGUUAUUAUUGACAGGUCUAAACUCGAUGCCUCUAAUCUCCUGGGGAAGGUUCCACAGCACCACCGGAAAGACCACGACAUCCUGUACCGUGUGAUUACUCUGCCACGUCAUGGAACUCUGGCAAUACGAGGACAUAAUCUCACCAGAGACCAACCAGGUUUCUCACAGACCACCCUGAACAAGUUUGGCAUCACAUACAUCCACGACGACUCUGAGACAACGACCGACAGCUUCACCUUCCGGGCUUGGGUGGCUCCCAUGGAUCUCUCAUCCGCUUCCUCCUCACCGUCCUUGUCUGCUUUUCCCUCCGAUUCCUCCUCUUCCCCUUCCCCCAUUCCCCCUCUAUCCUCCUUCUCGUCAGCAGACACAGCUUCUCGACGCCGAGCCAAGGACAGACUGGCGGUGACAGAGAUGUUCAACAUCACAGUGACGCCGGUCAACGACCAGCCGCCACUCAUCAGGAGCAGAGCCCGGAGCAUGAAGGUGGUGGUCGGGGAGAGAGUUGUACUUGGCCCAGACAGUCUGCAGGUUGAAGAUCAUGACACCCCUCCAGAGGAGCUGCACUACCUUGUGAUCAGUAAGCCCAACAACGGCUACCUGAUGCUGGGGGAAAGACCUGAGCCGGUGACCUCUUUCACCCAGUAUGAUGUCAACCACGGCCGGCUGCACUUUAUACAACAGGGUGAGCCCUUGACAGGAGUUUUCUACUUCAAUGUAACCGACGGUCAUCACCGUCCCCUCUACAAACUGUUUAGUUUAGAGGUGAUUAAGCCUUCUGUUUCCCUGGUGAACAACACUGGCUUGUCGUUGGUUCAAGGCAAGACCGCUGUGGUCCUGACAACCAAUCAGCUGGCAGCUCAGACCAACGGUCGCAGCAAGGCCAACAUCAUCUACAUGGUCGCCACACACCCCCGCCACGGACGCAUCGCUAUUAACGACCAGGAGGUCAUGACCUUCCGCCACGAGGACCUGCAGUCUGGUCGUGUUGUCUAUCACAUGACUGAUCUCAGCGAAUCAGAAGACAUCUUCCAAAUCUCUGUGUCAGCCUCUUCGCCGGGGGUUGAUUAUGGAAAUGUGACGGCACAGACAGUGAACGUAACUGUGCGGCCUCUGGUCUACCUGAGGGAGCCGGUCAGAGUGCCCAGUGGUAUCGCUGUGAAACUGGGGAAAGCCAUGAUUGAUGCUUCUGAGCUGGCGAGACUCAGCCGAGUCGACCCGGUCUUUGAGGUUCUGUCUCCACCGAAACAUGGAAAACUAGUCAAGAUGACUUAUGACCCUAACCGAGCAUCAGAGGUCCUGAAGUCAUUUACAUUCAGAGAUGUGGUUCAAGGCCGAGUCGCCAUCGAGGAGACUCUCAGUGACAGCGACAACCAGCUCAAUGACAACAAAUCGGCUCUCACAACAGCUCAAGGCCACACUCCGGCCAGACCUCUCAAUGAUUCUUUCAUCUUCCUGGUGAAGGCUGGAAACGUCCAACCAGCAAAGGGUGAGCUUCACUUCACCAUCUUACCCCACCACCAGAUGCAUCAUGGUCCGACUGGCUUAAAUAAAGCAGAUGGUGCAAGUCGCGAACACACCACAACCCGUCUGCCCACACAUAACAAGACUACUACUGGAGGAGGAAGAGGAGGUGGACGAGGGGGAUCCACAACGCACGGCGGAGGUGAGAUGGGUUUGCCCCCCCACAUUUUGUCACCUAAAACACACAAUAGAACACAACAUAAGUUGAGGCCUCACGGCCGCUGGGGGAACCACACACGCGGUGGGAGUCAUGGAGGAAGAUCAGGGAGCGGUGCAGAGGGAGCUGGAGGGGGUCACAGUCAUCCUUUGCAACCCCACCCUCCUCCUUUCUCAGACAAACACGGUCCUGUGAACCCUCCUGACAUCCACCCGGUUCACGUCGAGGUCCUCCCUCGUCCAGCCUCCGACCCCCUCCUCAUUAUCCUGCCGCUGCUGGCCUGUUUGCUCCUCAUCAUUAUUCUCAUGGUUUUGAUCCUGGUGUUCCGCCACCGCAAGGAGAAGCAGCGGCUGCGGCUCAUCCAGGAGCUCGCUGCGGUGACAUUACCUGCCGAGCGCAGCCCUUACCUGGGCCAGCCAGAGCGGAGCAUGGCGAUGCCAUCCGUGGUGGUCACCCCGCUUGGCCCUGCAAGCUGCCCUACCUCACCGAAGGUAUCCAUAAGUUCCAGGAGGAGGAGUCUGGCCCCAGGGAUGACCUUCUGGGGGCCAUUUGAAGCUGAUGGAGCUGAUGGGAAUAUCAGAGGUGGUAACAAUAAUGAAAGAGAAAAUAUUACUGCAGGUUUCAAGACCUCUGAGGGCUCUAGGUCCCCUGCUCCAUCUCUUAAAGACAACCAGUACUGGGUUUGAUGGAAGUAAUUCAAAGAAAAACUGUGCCUUUUUAGUGUGAAGGGUAUUUAUGGCAUAUGUCUACUCUUCAGGGGACAUCUGUGGCCAUGAGGAGAAAAAUACACACAUUAGUUGAAGAAAUUGUUCCAUUUUUGUAGAAAAUGUAUGAUGGCCAUCACAUUUAACUAAUUUGACUGAAUCAACUUGAAUUUAACACAUCUUUGGUGUAGUAACAACCUACUGACAGUGUUAUUUCAUCUGUAAGACAUUGCCCAGCUACAUAGGAGGUGUUAGGUAUUAUUCAAAAAGUCGAUUACUACUGCUUAGGCUGCUGAUUGCCAUUGUUCUUUUGGAUUUUUCAGUUUUUGCACAAAUUUACUAUAAAAGCGUGACAACCACUAUUAGUUCCAUUAUGUAAAAAUAACAUUUUUGUAACCAACACUCUCGUACUGAUUCCUCAAAAUACUGGUUUCAACUUAAAUAGUGAUGACAAUAGCAUUAUAGUUUUCGAACUGUUGAAAAAAAGAAGUGAAACAUAGACUGAGGUUUAUUGUAGUUACUGUAUAUUGUCAGAUUUGAUGUAGCUGAAUUUUGAGUUAGCUCAAAUGUGAGUUAGUAGUGUAACUGGUAACUGCCAUCUCUCACCUUCGAUACUGUAACUUUUAACUGUACAGAGUUGAUGUGUUAUUUCUUCAGGACCUUGUAUGUCAGCUGGUAGAUCAUAGUGUUGUUUGUACAUGUGACUAAACGUACUGUAGAUUCAAAAUCCUUUUCCUUUUUUAUACCAUUUACCACUCAUGCACAGGUGUCAUUCACUACUAUUCUGCACUUUUCUCUUACUUUGUCUGAUUUUUUUACAGCUCAAGACUGCGAGCUGUCAUGUAACUGUGUCUGUCACUACAGUAUUAACAAUCCAUAGUGAGGUAUAAAUACAUAGGAAACUUUCUCAGUUCUGGAUCGACUUCAGCAUAGGACAUGCCAUUUUUGACCCUUUUUAUGCCUGCAUCUGUUUGCCAUGCACUGUGAAAGAUUUAUUUUUAAUAAAA